AUGUUCAAGGUAUCGAUAAUAAGCCAAUAAAAUUAGCAAUCAAUCAAUCACUUUACAGUAGCAAUACAUGUUCCCAUUUCAUCGAAUAAAUACGUUGGCUCCUCUCCAUUUACAACUCUAAAAUUCCAUGGUACAAAACAGAUUCAUUUCUCGAGUACUUCCGCACGCACGACUAACAGAAGCGCACAUGACGAAAAGAAAGAAAACACCUGGAAGUGAUGACGUCACUCGUCGCUCUCCCUCUGGAAUUUUUUCUCCAUGAACAACGGGACUGUGGCUGAGUGCAAACAGCCGAUUUGAGCACUCCCGAUUGGAACUGGUUGUACCGCUUUUUGGCAAUUUCAUGAGAUCGCCGUUGGGAUUUGUCAUCGCUUUCUCGCGUUGAACGGUUGGACUGGUGACGACAGCGACCGUGCGACGACACGGUGUAAAGUCCGAGGCGCGCGAAACGGAAAGUGCGAUAGUGGGUGACGUGCGCAGGUGCGAGAGGGGGCCUUCUGCACUUGAAUUGUGUCGGGGCGACGCGGCGAGGGGCGAGCAGAAACCAAAACAUUUUGAGUGUGAUAAGACAGGACAACGGGGUUUGAGUGGGUGCGAGGCGCAGAAGACAUCGUGGUCCGGUCCACCGAAGAAGUUGCGAGUGAACUCGGCGCUAGACCAAAAGUCCGUGGAAAGUUGCAGAGCUCAGCAGCCCAGCGAAGGGCGAGCAGACGUGAAUCUAGCGAUUUUGUAAGGCCGCAUUGGCACUAACUGAUAUUAGUGGCGCCGUUAACUUCCCGUUGCAAUUCCUCCAAGGAGCGGCUCCGCAGCAUCCAACUCCUUUCGUCCGACGCUCCAGCGAAAUCGAUUCGGCUGGCCAGAACCAUUUCCGCCUCCGUAAUUCGCGGCAACAUUCUUGCCCGGUCUUUUUCUGAAGACAAAACAUUGAAAUUCUUCUGUUCAUCGUUGACGCGCUUCGCAUCUAUUGUGCCGUUAGUCAGUUCGUCAGUUCUUGACCAAUACGUGGUGAAAUCGGACGCGGCAGUAGUGCAACGUCGGUGGUGUGGCGUGUUUCGCGUGGCGUAGUUUUCUCCUCAGAAAAAGUGCUUUUCAUCACGGACGGGCAGAUUUCGCAGCUGCGGACGCAAGUCGGAUAUUCGCUUCGAGAUUGUUCUUCAUUUCUCUCGGGGGUUUCCUUAGAGGAAAGUGCGAGGGCCCGUUAAGACGCAAAGGGUUCCAGUUUCGUGUGCUCAUCCUCUCGAUCAAGGUUUUAUAGUGCAUGCGAAAAAUUGGUCACGGGCGUCAGGUGAUUUGUGGCAUAGUAACUAGUGCGGCGUUUUGUUUCUUGGAAUUUUCUCUGAGUUCGCACCCGACACGUCUUCGCAAUGGGCGAUUCAGAUUUUUCCCAGUGCAAGCUGUUGGGCUCAAGUCGUGAGAACGGGAAUUGUGCUGCGCCAAGCAAGCCUUCCAAACCGCCCAUUGGCGGACUCGGAAGGAACUACAUCAAUCCAUUCGUACACGAGGUGGAAGUCACCAAUCCGCUGACCAAACUCAAGAUAAUCAUACUGACAGUAUGCUUAGCGCCAAUUCGCAUAGUUUGCAUUGCAAUAUUUCUUCUGAUUGCGUGGAUGAUAGCUUGCAUUGGACUUUAUGGUGUAUCAUUGAAAGAGCUAGAAACCAAACCAUUAUCAAAGUGGAGGAGAGCACUUCGUCGUGUAGCGGCAAUUUCCAUGCGUUGUCUUUAUUUUGCCGGAUCAUUCAAUUUCAUCAAAUUUAAAGGUACAAAAGCAUCAGCAAAAGAGGCUCCAAUAUUAUGUGUGGCUCCACAUUCAUCGAUAUUCGACUCGUUGGUUGUUCUUGUUCUCGGACCUCCAUCUAUAGUUGCAAAAGCUGAAACAGCCUCCAUAUUAUUUUUUGGAAAAUUAAUAAAUUUCACUCAGCCAAUUUAUGUAUGGCGGGAAGAUCCAGAUUCACGACAGACAACCAUCAAGAACAUUGUGGCACGUGCUAAUUCGGAGGAUGACUGGCCACAGAUAUUAAUUUUUCCAGAAGGCACAUGUGCUAAUCGCAGAGCAUUGAUAACAUUUAAACCUGGGGCAUUUUAUCCAGGCGUUCCAGUCCAGCCAGUAUGCGUACGCUACCCAAAUGAAAUUGAUUCUUACACGUGGACAUGGGAAGGCCCUGGAGUCGCGCGUUUACUCUGGCUCACAUUAACAAAGUGGCAUAGCUUCCUGGAAAUAGAAUACUUACCAGUUUACACCCCAAAUGAAGAGGAGAAAAAGAAUCCGAAAUUAUUUGCGCAAAACGUUCGUGAUGUGAUGGCCAAGAACCUCAACAUUCCAACAUCCGACUACAGCUACGAUGACUGUGUUGUUAUGACCAAAGCCAAGGACAUGAAUAUUCCAUAUCCCGCGGAUAUAAUUGAAAUUCGUCGAUAUCGCCAGAAGUUGGGCUUAGACUCGACGAAGUACGACAUAAAUCUUCUGAACACAUGCAACUAUUGCAACAUAAAUCAGUGGCCAGAUUUAGCGCAAUUCGCCGAUUAUUUACAUAUGUCGGUCAAUAAUAAUGAGAACUUGAAGUCAUUGUACAGUCUAUUUACACAUUCAGAUGACAGCCAACAUAUUAGUUUUACAGCGUAUUUAUUGUGCGCCUUAUUUUUAGCGCGAGAAGAUGAGGAGAGUAUAUUAGAUUUUCUAAGAGUAGUUUGUAAGCUGUACCAAGAUGGGGAGGGAUAUCUUACAAAAGAAGGUUUUCGAAGUGUUCUGCUGCACUCUGGAAAACUUUCGAAAGGAGCCAGCGUAGUGCUUAUUAGUCAUUUCUUCAAAAAUGAUGCGGAUCGCAUUAAAUUCGAUCAAUUUUCUGAAUAUGUCAAACAAAAUCCAAAGUACCAAUCUCUAUGCAUGCCAAAUGAGACGUAUCGGAGGCGGAAAAAGGACUGAAAUGAACUGAACCCUAACACCGAACAACAGCAAACAGAUCAAAGCUGCUUUGUGAACCUUAACGAGGCUCCACAUGAAGUCAUCUAGCGUAAAACUAAAUUGCGUGAUACUUGCUUGAGCCACGCGAAACCAUAACUUUUCAAAUAGCAAAUAGGACAAAGAAAACAAACAACCAAAGUCAAACAAUUCCUGAUAGAUACUGGUACCUAUAGCUGAAGUAGGUGUAAAUAAAAGGGUAAAUUCGACAGAUAGUUGCUGCUGUUAAAAUUAAACAAGGAUAAUAAAGUGAAACUUCAUAAACCUACAAACACUCGUACAUCCAUGCAAACACAAUAACAAAAGAAUAUAUAAUUGAAAAAGUGGAAAUAUGAAUUAUAUUUACAUAGAAAUUAGUGGACUGGACUCAACAUAUUUUUAGAAAAGUUUAUUAUACAAGUAGAAAUUUAUACAUUGACUAAAUGAUAAAACAAGAGUAGAGUAAAACUAAAUAGCAAUAAAGCAAUGAAGGGAGAUGAGAGUACGACGAAACUAUGCAAUAACUACACAAAUUGUUUCAGAGGAUUAAAUCAGUUUUCAUUGGAUCGAAAUUCAUAAAUCACAAAAUCGCACACCUUAACAUGAAUACAGCGUACUAUGUAUCUAGAACAACGCUCAUUGUGUUAAAUUUCCUAUCAAGUAAGCAAAUAGUAUCUUAAUGGAGCGAAGAUAAAUAAAUAACUGAGGGACGAUAAUGAUACCUUGGAUAUAAGUCGUUAUUAGUUCUUCUACUUAAUAGUGAAUUAAAAGUAACGAAGUAUAUAUGACGAUAUACCUAAUAAAAACGGAAACGCACUAAUAGAUGUAACUAUAUAUUUUGUGUUCUUUUUAUACGUUUUUCUGGCAAAUGUAUAGAGUUAUGUCUUCUUAAUUUAUUUUUCUUCCUGAAUCCUUUUAUGUAUAUUUCUUUUGUAUCAGACGUGAAAUAUUGUCAUUUUUUUAUGAGAAACUAUGUUGUUUUAUUUGUAAUUAUAUUUAUUUUAUUUUGGUGCAGGAUUGAAGCUGGCUGAGCGAAAGUUUGUCGAAACAAAUAGAAUGCUAAAGGCACUCAUUCUUAGGUUAACAUAUACAGUUUUAUAAAAAGAGUAGUCUUUCGUGAUUUUUUUUAAGAAAUGUGAAAUAUUAGGUAUUUUUUUACUGUCGACAUUUAAAUAUAAAUUGUAUAAAGAA